AUGAGAAAUAAACAUCAUUACGUGUUUCUGGUGGUAUUGGCAUCUUUUUAUGUGGUCUCAUCACGUAAGAUUUAUGUUUUAAAUCGAUGACUUAAAUCUAAUUAUAUGCAGAGCAAUGCGAACGGACACCAGUAAAAGUUUUGGUCGUAUUUGACAUUACUUUGGGCGAUGGGAAGGUGUUUUCUUCCAAAAAAGGUAUCACAGAAGAGGUUUUACGUCACAUAGAUGCCGUGGGAAAGGGUCGCGAGAUUAAUUACGGAUUCAUUGCAUAUCAUUCACAUGCAGUUGUGCUGUCAUCCCUAAAGUCCAACAAAAGCAAAUCCUUGGAUGUUGUAUGUGAGGAUGCCCAAUAUGUCAAUUUUAGAUUAUUUCCCAUAUUAAUGGUAUCAGACCUCGGCCGGGUUUCAAGAGUUCUGUAGGUAACAGCAUUAACGCAGCUGUGGACCAUAUUGCGCAACAAACAAACAUCGGCGGCCACAAUAUCAUCAUUCUGGUAUCGAAUGGUGAUGAAAGCGAGGAGGUGGACAAUCUUGUUAUGGCUGUGUAAGAUUACAGAAAAUUAUGACACACCCCUUUAGAAAGAGACUGUGGUCGUUGAAUAUUGAGCUGUUUGCCAUUACUGAUCCGUCGUCUCUCUAUUUGUCAACAUUACUCGCCAAGAAUCGGAAGAAUGUUUUCUCUGCGCCCUCUGAUUUCCCGCAUCUUCUGAAAGCGAUAGAUUCUUCAAUCAAAACUUGUCUUGAGGAUGUACAACCAAAUGGGCUUCAAAGGAUUCCUUAUUUUGAAACAAGUGCUCCCCUCCGAUCCAAAUUAUUACCCGAAAGUUAUGGCGCUCAUUGUGGCCCAGAACUUAAAGUCACAUUUUUAAAUAUUCUAGGAAAUGCCAAAGACAAAGUGUCCACUUUCUUCACCGAUUUCCUUGGCAAUCGAGGUGUAAAUGUAGGGGUGACUAAAAACAUCAUGAAUUGUUUAGAUCGUGACAGUCAGUUCUGCUUCCGAAAGCAUUGCGCACAUAAUACAAGAUGAAGUGGACCAUCUAAAAGAAUGGAAGGGACAAAAAAUAUUGAUAAUCUUUAAUCAGAAGACGACCCGCUCUUCUUGGGGUGAGAUAUUGGAGACGUAUCACGCUCUCGAGGCGAAUAACAUUUUGACGAUCAUCGGAAACCCGUAUAGAUCUCUGGAAAAUGAAAUGAAGAUUUAUGCUGGCAAAAAAGGCUUCGUUAUUUUCGAAACUGAGAAGUAAGCAGUAAAAAAUUAAUUACAAUUUCAUCAGAUUCCUCUCAACUGUAGUCGGAUACACGGAAAAAUGCGCAAAAAACAAAAAUUCAGCAGGUUCCAAAAACGGCAAUGACAACAGGUUUACAAAACAAGCUACCUCUACAACUACAGUGACUGCGAUACCUAAAGCAACAGCAGAACUUUCAACAUCAACCCUUGUGACUAAUCGAGAAACUACGACGAUUACGCAGGCCUUAGAAGUGCAAGGUUCUACUAUAAGUUCUGCCGUCAGUAGUACUGAAGAAGACUUGGGGUUUGAUGACAUUCAGGAAUGUAAUCACGGUGAGUGUCACAUUGCUGCCUACCUAUCGUGAUUUUUCUCAGAAACCGAUAUCCUUGUUCUACUGGACCCGAAUAUAAAUAGUAUCGCGGAAUUUGAGAAAAGGCGGAACAUUUUAUUGGAGUUGACCAUCUCAUUGCCAAAAAGAUUUAAAUUGGCGAUUUCAAAUCUGGACAAAGGAUUUACCAACGGCAAAGAGCUUCUGUUGUCAUACAUUAGCGGCUUAAAAUUGGAAGAAGUGAAGAACUCAGAUCCCAUCACUUUGCUGGGUCAAUUACCCGAUUCGUCGUCAGUUAUCUACAUCGAUGGAUCGGAUCAGAGUUUAUUGACCUCUGGGUUCAAUCGAUUUGCGGAUUUCGCCGUGAUAACUUCAAAAAAACGUGUCCAGUUGUUUCAAGAAAAGUACAAAACGUUCCAAUUCGACCUUAUAGAUGUAUGCUGAAAAUUUUUGAUACUUAUUCUAGCUGUCUUUUAGGCAUCUGGACCUAGAUUUUACACCUGGGCGUUUCGCUGUAUGGUCGCUUUAAAAAAACCGGAAAAUGUGGAGGUCAAGAGACAAAUCAAGAGUGCUGACAAUUCAAACAACAUCACGCCUGACUCCCACAACUCUAGUCCUGCAGAAAUUGAGCUUUUUAUUGAUAGUAAUAACGAUACAGAAUGUCGCACAGAUGUCAUCUUUGUGUUAGAUACAUCUCAGAGUGUGGAAGCCCGGUUUCAAGAUCAACUUCAAGUUAUUGCCGAUUUUGUAAGCAACUUUGUGCUGCUUUAUGGAAAAAUUACAAGUUGUGCACUUGAUUUUUUUAGAUUGCCAGUGCGCCGCAGUCAGACUUUGAAAGUAGAGUCAAAGUAGGGCUCGUUACUUUCAACAAUGAGGCCAAGACCAUACUGGAUUUAUCUCAGUUCAGAACAAAGGAGGUCAUUGUGAAUACUGUGUUGAGUAUCGAGCAUACUGGAGGCCCCACUUCUUUAGUAAAAGGAGUCGAAGAAGUUCUCAAUCUAAUCAAAUUAACGCAAGAUUUGGCACGCAGAUUGACGAUAGUACUUGUGUCUGAUGGCAAUAGCCAAGAUGAAUGGAGUAAAGUGUUAUCUACUUCAAAUUCCCUCCGUCAGAUAAAGGGAGAGGUAUUUACCGUUGCAGUAAGCAACGAUUACUUCUUACGGUGGGUAAUUUUAACAGAAAUACUUCUUUGGAUUUAAAACUCUUCCUUUAAAUGAAAAUAACUGUAUGCUUCGUUUAGAGAACUCGAACUGUACGCGGGGAAUAAAGACAGGGUUUACGUGGAAGGGCGAUUACCUCAAUUCUUAUCCGCCCUCAAGGGCUCAUCUAUUAUAUGUGAAUCGAAGAAGGAAAACAUUAUUCCACAAAAUAUUGCCUCUAAAUGUAAUGGUGACCCUAUUGAUUUAGUUUUUAUUGUGGACACGGCAUCAACCGAUUUUCUUUCUCUGAAGAAUUCAAUUAAAGAAUUGAUCAACAGCAUUGAAGGAGUCGGAGUAAGUACCUGCCAGAAAAGUAAUCUUUUCUUUUUACAGUCAAGGAUUCGCAUUGCUCUCUCAAAGGCGGACAGAGAAACUGGGCUGGUCCUUGGAUUUCGAGAAGGGAUCACAAAUUCUGACGUCACCUUCGAAAUCGAGAAAUUGUCUCCGUCAUUACAGACUUCACUUGUAUCUGCCGUUAACUUGGCAGUUAACGAGUUACUUCGAUCCAAACGAGGCGCACGAAAGAUAGUCAUCGUUGUAUCAAAUGGCAGUAGCAUCGAUCAAGAAAGCGAAGUGACAACAACGUCUAUGAGACUUAAAGAUAUCUCAGACAAAAUAUACGUAUAUAAUCCUGAUGGAAAAGUAGAUCUAUUAAAGUCCUACAUCAACCAACCAGAGGGACUUGUAACCUCAAUAAAUCGGGUCAAGACGGUAAGCCCUAAAAAAAGUAUUAAUUUUUUCAGGAACUUCAAAAAGAUUUGCAGUGUAAAGAAAGGUAAGAAAAUCAUCGAUAUUAAUGAAAUAAAUGUAGUGUGAAAGCCAAACCAAGUGAGGACACCUCCCCCGAACUCGAAUCCAAAGACAUAGUUAUACCGUUAACAGAAAAACCAAUAUUUGAACAUAACGAGUAAGUAUUUUACCGUGAAUAUUGCUUGUACCUUUAUGUCAUCAAAAGACUGCGAUUUAGGUGUGCCAAAAACAAGAUGGAUUUGAUUGUAAUUCUCGACGCCUCCACCUCUCGGGAGAAUGUGUUUGAACAUCAGAGAGAACUAGCUCUCAGUCUCAUAGAAAGACUUCCUAUAUCCAAGUUCGACACACAUGUUGCCACAGGAAUUAACAGCUUCAACGAAGAAGCAACACUUGGGCAAACUUUAUCUUUUGGUCGGGAUCGUGACGUAAGAUGCCUAAACCCAAAUUCUAUAAUUACAUCCAGAUGGUCCGCCAAUCUAUCGAACAGAUCAAUUAUGUUGGAGGAAGCACAUAUACCUCGAAAGCUGUCAAUCUUGCCAUCGAUGACCUUGAACGGAAUGGGCGUAAGGAUGCAACGAAGGUGAUCGUGUUGAUGAAUGAUGGCAUGUCUCAGGAUCCAUGGGAAUUAGUUGUCCAGACCAGUAAAAGACUCGCCGAAUCCGGGGCUGUUCGGUUUGGAGUGGCGUUGGGGCAGGAGGUGGAUUUGAGGGAAUUACAACUCUAUGCGGGCGGCUUAGACCGAAUUUAUAGAGAUGGAUCAACUGAAAAGUAUGUUGCGUAACGUCCUAAAAACCAUUUAAAGAUUCCUUCAUGAUGUUGUCAGCCUUCUAAAUAAAACAAAUUGUGGACUCCAGCAAGACCCAUCUUCAAUUACUGAACUCUCCGAAAAUGAAUUACUUACGAACACUCAGUCAUGUCAAAGAGACAUCGAUAUUGUAAUCUUUCUGGACAAUUCGGGCGGUCGUCUAAACACAACCAGAUAUCUAGCCCUGGAUAUUAUUGGUCAGCUACAACCUAUUAUUACGUAGAAUUAUAUUUUUUUUAGGUUCAUUGCCAAUGAAUGACCACGUGAAGGUGUCUUUGGUAUCUUUUGCUGGCAAGCCAAUUAUCGUUCAUGGCUUGAAAGAUGAUAACUCUAAGAACAAUCUAUUCAAAAUCGUGGAUCAGCUACGAACUGGCGUCGGAGACCCCAAUUAUGUGGCGGCGCUGGAAAGGGGACUCGAAUAUUUUAAAGCGAAUCGGAGGCCAGAUGUUCCUGGCUUAUUCUUGAUUAUUGGGGACGGGAACGCGACCAAUCAAGAAGCCGAGUUGCAGAGCCUUCAAAUCCGGCUCAAAGCGGUAAAUAAAAUAAAUCACUUUAAUUGCAUGAUCUGCAAGGUAUACAAGGAUUAUUUUCAGUCGCCUGAUCUUUCUGUGAUAUCAGUAAGUAAUGAGGAGCAUGUAAAUACAAAGAAGUUGGAGUAUCUGACGGGAUCAGAGGACAGAAUAUUCUCAUUUAAACAGAAUUCAAAUUUUACAACGGAGCUUAUGAAGAUUACCAAGGGCUUAAAUUGCGACAAAGCCAAGUCAACCUUGUUAUCGGAUACGUUAGAAGGAUCCGGUUUAGAAGAACAAGAGCUUCAACAAGAUGCGGCACUGCUGACAGAAGAUCCGUUUGGAGAUUCAAAGAUUUAUGACAAGAAAGGCAAACCUGACAUUACAGGUCUUCAAGUUUUGAAGCAACCCAUAAAACCAAAAUUUGAGGAUCCUAUGACGAAACAUGCUGUCACGGUGAGUGUAAUUGGAAAAUAUUUUUUGCUUUUAACACUAAAAAACCCGUUCUUGCCAAAUCAGGGUCCAGGUAGUAUGGGAAGUAUGACAUAGUAUUGUAAAAAAAUUUUAAUUUUUGAAAUGUUUAAAAUUUGUAGGAUUUUCGACCAUAAAAAAUCCAAAAAUGAGACCUGUUUUGCUCAAAAGUAGAUAUUAUACUCCCGGACAUAAAUUUUUGACCACCCAUAUCUUAAGUGAAUAUAACUGAAUCAUUUUGAAAUUUGGCAUGUGUACUAGUCAUGACAGGCAGAAUCUGUCACGGAAAACUGUUUUUCGUUUCUAUGUCCUUAGGCAAGUUAUGCAAAUUUUAUAAAAAUAGGUGGAUAAAACUUUCCGAUCACUUAAAGUAAUUAAAGUUUUCUCGGUCACUUUGAGUAGGCGACAUGGUUCAGUUGUCUCACAACACUAUUUAAGAACCUACAAGGACGGUAAGUAUACUAUUUAACAUCAAGUUAGGCGUGUGCCCUCAAGAAACUCGUAUCGUUGCAGCGCCCUUUUUCGUGUUAAAAUCAUGCUUUAAAUGACAACGCCGAUUUUUUUGUUUUAGAAAAGGUAUUAAGGGACUCAUUGGAGUUAGUAAUGCAUGAUCUUAAUAUCCUGCGAUGUGCAGUAUGCCACUAAUGCCUUAAACAAAUCACUUGGGAAUAAUUUAAAAAAUUAUCUCUAAAUAAUUAAUCAUAACUGCAGGCGUUUUUAUUAAAUCUGGCUGAAAAUUAUCUACAGUACUCUUUGAUAAAUACGUAGUAAAGAACGCAGGGUUACAGGAUCCCGCAAUUUUUUAUCUCCCGCGGGACAUCCGUGUUUCUUCUAGCUGCCCGCAGUGUGUCAUUUUGAAAAAUUCUGUCAAAUUAACAGCCCUACUUUUAACAGUACUACCUAGAAAGGAAGUACUUCUAUGUGGUAUGGACAGGUCGCGAUAUAUACUAAAAAAUCGCAAAAUUUUUCUGAUUCAGAACGUAGUAAGUAUUGUUAAGUAAUAAUUUUAAAAUUUUUUUCUACAAAUACUUGAUACCCAAACUAACUGUCCCUGACCCGAAGCGUCGCGACGCGUCAGUUAGUACUAUAUAGUACAAUAAAGAGAAAAACUUAACAUGUGUUUCGAAAUCAGCACCCUCGAAAACUCCUCAAUCGAAUAUUUUUAAAAACCCGACUUUUCGGGUCGACGACAGUUCGGGUCAACACAAAUAUGGGGGCGUACCCGAACCCGGCCUCUCGGGUAUUUGGGUAUAUCCCGGGAAUAUACCCCGGGAGUAUACCAAGUCCGAACCCUACCCAGAGUUAUUGAAACAUAUAAGGCGCGUGCGUUCUACUUCUCUUCGGACUUCCUCGCAGAAAACCCGAAUUUCUUGUCUGUGGGCCCGCUAGACAAGAAACGCGCAAUUCUUGUCUAAAAUUGCGUAACAUUGCGCAAUAUUGCGCAAUUUUCUGCUCUCUCCCCGUGAAGAUUUUUUUCUUUUUUUCUCUGCUCAGCCAAGAAUUGCACAUUUCUUGUCUAGCGGGCCCACAGACAAGAAAUGCGGGUUUUCUGCGAGGAAGUCCGAAGAGAAGUAGAACGCACGCGCCUUAUAUAAAGGACAGAGACCCCCGAAUCGGGGGUCUCCUUCGACGCGGGGUCUCUUUCGAAGGAAACCAAGUUUUGAAAUAUUUUUACAUUUUCCGAAUCAAAAAAAUUUUGUGAUUUUUUUUCUCAGAAGUACUUUUCUCGUUAAGAAAAAAGUAAGAUCAGAAAAGAUGAACAUCAGCAUGCUCCAAAAUCCCUAAAUUAAAGAAACAAAAAACUCAGCGGUCAUUAUUUGGGUCAUUAUCGAUGACUUUCAAUGGGCUCAUCCAAACUUACACCACCCAACUAUGCGUCACGGAUUAUUUCUCGACGCCCUCUCAGAUACCUUUUUUGAACCUUUUUGUAUAACUACAGUAGCCCAUUUUCACUUCAAUCAAGUAACAUAAAUGCAAGCCGACCGAUUCUUGUGCUUUUGGAAUGGCUUUGUAAUUUGAAACUAGUAAUUUUUAACGUGACUUGCCGUAUCACUGUAAGAUAUUGUACUUGAAAGAUGUGCGAAAUCAAAUUAAACCACUAUUUUAUACGAAAUCAGGAGGAACUAGACUGCCUGUACCGCAGUUCGGCUCAAACGGGUUUUUGGGGGUUAACACGUUUAUAUUAAUUUUAUGUUUAAAGUAUUUGUAUAUUUUUCAAAAUCAGACUACUCUCCCAACCGAGCCAACAUCAACAUUUUCUUCUCCUCUCAACCAGGGAGAAUGUGCCUAUGAUGUGCUUUUACUCAUCGACUCAUCUGGAUCGGUUGUUGAGACGUUUGAAAGAGAAAAGAGACUGGCCUUGGACAUUCUAGGCCAUCUGCCUAUUAGUCCGAUGAAUGUUCGGGUUGCUAUUAUUAAAUUCUCUUCCCCGUCCAAAGUCCGGACGUUGCAUGGCUUUAACUCUGUACAGACUAAAGCUCAUGUUCUUAAAAAACUGGAAACGAUUCGAAUGAGUAGUGGUACCACCGCGAUUCAUAGUGCACUGCAGCAUGCCGUAAAUGAAUAUUCCACAUCGAACGGAGCCCGAUCCACUAAAGCGACGCCUUUAGUCAUCGUUUUUACUGAUGGAUUCGGAAAUAAAGACUUUCUGAAAGAAGCCACCGCUCUCCGCAGUCAAGUGCCAGAUUUGUUUGCCGUUGCUAUUAACCAUGAGGUCAGUUAGGGAUGUAAUCUUACUCUUGUUUUCAGUUCCCCAUUAGUCGGCGCGGAUUAGUUGCCAUUACCGGAAGCACCAAUAAAGUGUUUACAGAGAAGAGUAUCGAUAAACUCCAUUCCCUGCUUCGGCUAAAGUUGAAAUAUUGCUGGUUAUGA